AUGCCUUGUUAUGCAAGUACUAUUGUAAGAGUUAAAUACGUUAAGAAACAUGAAUAUGAAAAUACUAAUUUUAUAAGGGUAUGGGCAAUUGGAGGAUAUCCUGUAGAGUGUAAGGAUUAUGAAAUAAAGAUGAUUUUAUUUGCGCCAGCCAAUUUAAAUGAAAGAGACCCAGAAUCGCAAGCUAUUUUUGAAAAAGUUAAUUUCUAUUCUGUUGGAGGUAAAAUUAUGACAGUUUCUACUUCUACACAUUUAACUAUUCUUAACAAAGUUGUUACGUCGAAUAAAUGUCCACUCAAAAUAUCUUUAGUGGGAGUUUCUCAAAAUAUGCCUCAAGAAGUUUUAAAUGAUGAAAACGCGAUUAUUCAAAAUACUAUUCGUCCUUAUGAAUUAUUAAUUUUUGUGGUUAGACAAAUGGAAAUUUUCAGUAAUGAUUUUUACGUUUAUACUACAGAUAUUAAUUUUAUUGAUACUUGUUUUGAUAAAAAAAUUCUUGAUAAUUCUAUGUCUCAAAUUGUUUCAGUAUCUGAAAAUUCUGUUUGUUCUAAACUUUUAGUCACAUAUCGGAAUAUUUCAGAAAGUGCUAAAGAGAAAGAAGAAUCAUUUACAUCAAAUUCGAAUGAUGCUUAUGACAAACCUGAACUUAAUUCAUCUGAUAAUUUACCUUUUCAAAAACAUGUACAAAUUGAAGAUGUCAAAGAUGAACAAUCAGAUCAUAAGUCCUAUGCAGAUGAGACAAAUACUUUAAUUGAUUUUGAACAGAAAGAAGGAGAACCAAGUAACAGUUACCAAGAAAAUAGUUCACAAAGUCAUAAAGGUAAAGAAUCUAGUAAUCAAUGUUUGCAUAGUGCUUUAAGAUCACAUAGUUUAAUAACAGAUUCUACUAAAUAA